AGGAUAAAUAUAACUACUGCACACAUGAUGGUGUAAAUAAAGACACAACACCCACACACGGCUUUGACAGCCCAGCUCCUCGUCUGUGCAAGUCCUCUGUUUGUUUCAAGUGAAGUCUACAGUUGGUGAAGAAUCUGCCAAAAAAAAACAUUUUUAAACUUCCAAGAAGUUAUUUGAAGAGCUGGGAUAAGUUUGUGCUCGGAGUAUAUGGGAGGCGUUGGAUCAGAUUGAAGAGCCCUGCUGGUAGGAACAAGAUCGCAAAGAAAAUCGCUGCUAUAGAGCAAAAGACCUUGGAAAAGUCACUCAGCCCCAACUGUGUUUGAUGGCGAUGGCCGCCACCGGUCUGUAGAAGCAUCCGACUCUCUGCAAGAUCCCACAAUGGUGCGGAACGUGGACGACUUUGACUUCUGCCUGCCCUCCCACUCACAGAGCCUCCUGGAGGGUUUGAGAACCCUGAGGUCCAACCCCAAACUCUCGGAUGUGACCCUGCUGGUGGGCGGCCAGGAGUUCCCCUGCCACCGGAGCGUGCUGGCACUCUGCAGCAUGUACUUCCACGCCAUGUUCACGGGGGACUUUGUGGAGAGCAUCUCGGCCCGGGUGGAGCUCAAGGACGUGGAUCCGGCCAUGAUGGAGACCCUGUUAGGCUUUGCCUACACGGGGAAGCUGACCAUUAACCAGCAGAACGUGCAGUCUCUGACCCAGACAGCCAACCGGCUUCAGUUCAGCGCAGUGCAGAAGGUGUGCAGCCGCUAUCUCCAGCAACAGAUGGACCCCACCAACUGCCUAGGCAUCUACGAGUUUGGAGAGAUCUAUGGAUGUCCUGAGGUCAUCGCUAAGGCACGCUCUUUCCUUCUGGAGAAUUUUGAGGCGGUGUCUCAGAGUGAGGAGUUUCUGCUGCUGGGUAUCGAGAGGCUCCUGGCCUACCUGGGGGCCGAGAUGUUGCAGGUCCAAGAGGAGCAAAGCUUGGUCCAAGCCCUCCUCAGGUGGAUAAGAUACAACGAGGUGGAGAGGAGAUGCUUCCUUCCCAAGCUCUUUGAGCUAGUUCACCUUCCACUGCUGUCUGUGGAAUAUCUGAGAGACCAGCUCUUGCCCGACAAACUCAUUCAGGAGUGUGAACACUGCAGAAAAUGGAUUGAAGGCUUCCACAACAAGGCUGAAGCCCGGCAAAGACCUGAACCCGGUCUCAAGAAAUUUCAGGAGGUUCUGGUAGUCAUUGGAGGACGGGCAUUGGAGGACUCGGAUGAAGAUUUUGAAGAUAAUGAGAUCUUGUCAAGAAAUUGUGCUUUUUACAACAUUAGGACCAAGCAGUGGUCCGUUCUGCCAGACUUCCCAGAUUAUAACAAGUGGGGAUUUGCCAUCACAGCACUGAACAAUGAUGUCUACAUCACGGGAGGCUCCAGGGGAAGCAAGACAGAUACAUGGUCGACCACACAGGGUUGGAAAUUUGAUUCCAAAGAUGGGGGCUGGAAGCCCAUCGCUCCAAUGCUCAAACCCAGAACCAACCACACGACGGCAGCACUAAAUGGAGAAAUCUACGCCAUUGGAGGAACGACAUUGAACGUUGUGGAGGUGGAACGCUAUGACCCCUACGUCAAUAGUUGGACUCCGAUUGGUCCCACAGUGAAGUACGUGACUAACUUCACAGUCACAGGAUGCGGGGGAAAGCUCUAUGUGAUUGGUUCAUGUGCAGCCAAGUACAAUGUACUCACUUUACAGUGUUAUAAUCCUGUCAUAGAUAACUGGAGUGUCAUUGCAUCUCCCUUCAUUCCAAAAUACCUCUCAUCUCCCCGGUGUGUGGCAGUGGAUGGAGUGAUUUAUUUAAUUGGAGACAACACAAAGAAAGUCUACGCAUAUGAUUCCGAGGCCAACAUCUGGCAGAAGGUCCAACUGCUCCACAAAUUACAUGAAAAUGGUGGCAUGGUGGCAAUUGCUGGGAAGAUCUAUGUUACGGGUGGCCACUGGAAGGGAAUGGAAGGUGACUACAGCGUGGAGUUGGAAGCAUAUGAUUGUGCUAAAGAUGUGUGGACUAUUGAUAGCUUCCUGCCACGCCUCUGGUUUUACCAUGGGUCUUGCUCCAUUUUCAUUGACACAUCCAGGUGGACUGAACGGUUUCCGAUAAACAACACCUAGUCAACACUUGCAUCUCCCCCUAGCCUGGGGGCUCACACAAUUAACAGCAGUUCAAGAGUGUGUUAUGGAGCCCACUGUCCCAAGGGGUUUUAUACGUUGUACACGCUCACUUUUUCAGCUUUGCCUUCCUGUCUGAAGCGAUUUUCUGUGAAAAACCUCUCCGAAGGCCUGCCAUUGAAUGAAGGGUAUAAACUAUAGUUUCAGGUAUCACCUUGCCAAUCAACCAACAUGUCCGCCAGCUCGCACAAGAUCUACCCAAACACGUUUCACUUCAUAACUGGAGGCACAAAAUUGCAGCUGCUGGAAUCUUGAACAAAGAACAAAGUUCUGAAGGAACUUAGCGGGACUGGGAAAUGGAAUAUGUGUAUGGGAGGGGAUCGGUAGAGGUGGGAAUUGAACAUACGGAGGAGGGAAAGGAGCAGGUAGAUUGGGAUAAUGGGAGAAGGUGGGAGAAAUAUGUGUGCAUUCUGUUUCUUUCCCCCCAUUCAUACACUCAUCUACUACCUUUCCCACCUCCCCAUCUCCUCGAUCCCCAUUUCCAUUUUAUCUCCCUCUUUUUCCCCCCUGUUCCCUUCCAUGCAUAUCUCUCCGGCUUUGUACUUCACUCCUCUUCUUUCCUUCUCUGAUACGUCUUUGUCUAACUUGCACCUCUAACUUUUGUCAUCCCCACUCAUCUGCCAAUCACACCCCCUCGCAUGUAUCCACCUAUCAUCUGCCAGGCUUUGACCCUCUCCCACCCACCACUCCAUCAGUCUGAAGAUGUGUUUGAACCCAAAACAUGCUGCUGCCUGACCCGCUGAGUUCCUCCAGUACUUUGUUUUUGGCUCAAGAUUCCAGCAUCUGCAUUCUCUUGUGUUUCCUGCAUUUUUAUUCACUUAUUAACUGUUGUUUCGCUGUUUAACCUAUGAGCAGGAAGGAAAUUAUGAUUUCAUUUAAAUUGGUCCUGGCAUCUUGGAAACAAGCCUCAUAUAAUUUAUCAUUAAUCGGUUAAUAUUGAUACUCCUUUGCUUUUCAGCACUGCUGAAGGAGGUUUAGUUUAGUUUAGUUUAGAGAUACAAUGCAGAAACAAGUGCUUUGGCCCUCCAAGUCCGCACCAACCAGCAAUCACCGCACAUGAACACUAUCCGAUACACGCUUGGCACAAUUUACAUUUAUUAACCAAUUAACCUGCAAACCUGUAUGGCUUUGGAGAGUGGGAGGAAAGUGAAGAUCUCGGAAAAAACCCCACGCGGUCAUGGGGAGAACAUAUAUACUCCAAACAGACAAGCAGCCAGAUA